AAAGCACGUGCUCUCAUUCCUGAUAAAAACUCUCUCUCUCUCACAACACACGCACAUAUUCAUUUCACUCCUCACUUUCUUUCCCGACCCUUUCUCUCUCUAAAGCUCUCCAGUCUGUGGUGAUGUUGAUCCUCUCAGCGGCUUCGUCUUCUUCUUCCUCCUUCAUGCUUUCUUCCGCUUCGUCUUCUUCUGCACGCAUUCCGAGGCCGUUAUCUUCAUUUUCAACUUGUGUUCCAGUAGUAGUAACAACUGUUUCUUCUGCAGCAACUUCGACGCUAUUUCCGAUUUCCUGCUUCGGUGUGAAAUCGAGGACUGUUGGGAUUCGGAAGCUGCGGUGUGCCGUUUUUUGUGCUUCGAAGGUACGUGGAAUGGCAGAAAUGAUUGAAGAUGCCAUGACGGUUUCUGCUUCUGGGAGCCAUGAACUUCCGCAGUCCCGAGACUUCCUUGACGCACGCACUGGAGAAGACUUGCUAUCUGCUGUUCAAAAAGCUGUGGAAGAUGAAAAACUGCCGCUUAAUGUUGCUGAAGGAAUGGAGGAUUUGUAUCAGAACUAUCGGAAUGCAGUUUUACAAAGUGGAGUCCCCAAAGCAGAUGAGGCCAUUUUGUAUAACAUGGCUCUUGUAUUUGAUCGUGUUUUUGUGGAUGUGAAGGAUCCUUUUGAAUUCUCGCCGUAUCAUAAGGCCAUUCGUGAACCUUUUGACUAUUACAAGUUUGGUCAAAAUUAUAUCCGCCAGCUAGUUGAUUUCAGGAGUUCUUAUGUUGGGAAUAUCUCAGUUUUCGGUGAAAUGGCAGAGAAGCUUAAACAGGGUGAUAAUGUUGUCUUGAUGUCAAACCAUCAAAGUGAAGCCGAUCCUGCGAUUAUUGCACUCUUGAUUGAAUCAAAGCUCCCAGAUAUUGCUGAGAACAUUAUCUAUGUUGCUGGAGAUAGAGUUAUUACUGAUCCUCUUUGCAAGCCAUUCAGCAUGGGAAGGAAUCUCCUGUGUGUUUAUUCGAAAAAACAUAUGAAUGAUGACCCCGAACUUGCUGAGAUGAAAAAGAGAGCAAACACAAGAAGCUUGAAGGAGAUGGCUUUGCUAUUGAGGGGUGGAUCAAAAUUAAUAUGGAUUGCUCCUAGUGGUGGAAGAGAUAGGCCAGACCCUGUUACAAACGAAUGGUAUCCAGCACCAUUUGAUGCUUCCGCGACAGACAACAUGAGGAGGCUUGUACAACAUGCUGGUGUCCCUGGUCACAUUUAUCCUCUAGCAAUAUUGUGCCAUGAUAUUAUGCCCCCUCCCGCCCAGGUUGAGAAAAAUAUCGGAGAGAAAAGAGUUGUAUCUUUUCAUGGAGCUGGCAUAUCUGUGGCACCCAAAAUUGAUUUUCAUGAGGUUGCUGGUGCUUUGGAGGACCCUGAGGCUAAGAUGGUAUAUACAAAGUCACUUUAUGACUCUGUAAGCCAGCAGUACAAUGUGCUAAAUUCUGCUAUACAUGGCAAACAAGGACUGAAGGCAUCAAUACCUAGUGUUUCAUUAUCACAACCAUGGCAGUAGCUUCUCUUCCAACUUUAUUUUUCAUAUCUUGUUGCUGUAGUCAGUUUUGCAGAUGUUUGUUUGGCAGUUACAAUCAAAUCACAAGGAUUACACUCACAAUCUUUCCACAUACCACGCUGGCAUGUGGUUAGUCUAUGCCGAAAGUUGAUACAAAGAAAGUAAUUCUCGAAGUUACAGCAACAUAACCCGAAGGAAUUUUUUGGCAGGGCUUAGAUAAUUCUUUUGACACGAAUGUACAGUUGCUUUACAUUGUAUUUAUACCAAAUGCUAGAUCUAAAUUUGUUAGUAAUGAUAGCUUUCAAGUACUGUCAAUUCUGACUUUUUAAGGUCAAGUGUUAGUAGCUAUCCUAGAUUGCUGCUCAUCUUGCCUUUGAAGUGGUAAUCCAAUUUGUUGGGAAAUAUAAUAAAUGAUGCUCUGCUACAGUUGUGUG